UGGCAACCCUAGGUGGAGGCCAGGUAGGGAGGAUUAGGAGCAGUGGGGAUGGGAUCAUGCCUGGCUAGCCCAGAGAACAAUGUCAAUGAAGGCAUUAGAAUCCAGUAGGCACGAAACUCAGGCAUUUUACUUUAAUUUUCAUUCUGCAACAUUUCCUCACUUUUGCAUUUGCCUAAGGUCCCAUACUUGUAUUUCCAAGAACUUUUGAAUUUUGUUCCAUAUGAUGGUGGCUCUGAAUCAUAAAAAACCUAUUGGCUUAGACAACAUGAGGGUAAAUGUAUAAACAAUGGUGCUAAUUUGCAUUGGUGCAGGUGCUCUGAUUUUACAAUUUAUAGCAGGCUGUUCAAAACUAAUUGGUGAAGCUAGUCAAUAAUAAUGCAACCACUAACUGAUUUAUAGAUGAUGGGGCAUACGAAAGCAUAGUUACAUCAUAAAUGCUGAUAAAUACAUGGUGGAGAUUUAUAUUAAACUAACUCAGACAUGCUUUCAGGCAAUAAUACUGUAAACUUUAAGGUCAAUUAAAUCAAAUAAUUUUAAAGGGCCAAGGGUUCUUUAACAGAAUCUCUUUAAAGUGCAAGGAAAGGUGAAAUAUAGUAAGGACUUCAGGUAAAGGCAUUCCUCAUUACAGGCUAUCAGUGUAAUUUCACUGAAUUGUGCCACUGAUUAAAACAGUCUUAGGCAAUGAUUUCCCAAAAGCUUGAAGUAUAGAAAGACGCUACCCAGAAGUCACCACACUGCUCUCAAGACCAAGACUGCAACGUGUGCGCAAUAGAUUUUGGUUCAGCACAUUCACAUAUCACAUGUUUCAUGAACACACUUUCAUCCACUGGAGCCAUAAUACGUCCAGUGAUGUGAUCUAGUUAAAUAUGGAGGAUGUGAUCUCCUAAUGGAGCAAAAAAAAUACACAGAGGGAUUAUUGCCUUUAUAGAAGGUUUUUUAAAAAAUGAACAAAAAAGAAGGUAGCUAUCUGGAAGAGGGGAAUGUGACUAUUUAAAUAAGCCACUUACUAAAAACAGGAUUUCCUUGUCCUUUAAAUUCAGAAGAACAACAUCCAAAAACUGGCAGGGCUGUUGGAAACACUCAACUCUGAAAGCACGAACAGCGUAAAUAUGUUUUUAUCUUGGUUGUUUCCGCUCUAAUUCUGCCAGAGUAUAAAUCCCAUAACUGUACUCUACAUAGAAUUAUUCCUUAGCUAUGGAGUCCGGAUUCCACACCAGUCGUGACAGGCUGCACAGUGACUCUAUGUACUCAGUGAAAGAGUGGUUUUCUUCCAGGCAAAAACCAUUAGUGGGUACCUACUGCCUGCUGGCACUUGCAUACAUACUUAUCCUGGCUCUCUUCAUAACAGUGAUAACCAAAAGCACAUCUGGGUCUACUUCAACAGACAACAAUGACAUCAAGAAUUAUGUUGCUAAACUCGCUUCCAAAGUGAAUGAAAUUGAGGAGAAAAAAGAGGCUUGUGAUUCUGCCUGGAUAACAUUUGAAGACAGUUGUUAUUACAUAACCACAAGGAAAUCAAACUGGCAGAAAGCGCGCUCUUUUUGUGUGCAGGAGGGAGGUGACCUUGUUGUUGUUAAUAGUGAAAAAGAACAGUUUCUAAAAGAAAAAUCUGGUGUAAGCAUCCUCAAGCGUUACUGGAUUGGUCUAAAUGACUUAGAGGAAGAAGGUACUUGGACAUGGGUAGAUGGUACAGCCUACAGUACAUCGUAUCAGUUCUGGAAAAAAGGAGAGCCAAACGAUCAUUUUACAAAUGAAGACUGUGCUCACCUGUGGAAUCCCACCGGAGAAUGGAAUGAUGUGCACUGCACCUUUGAGGAGCCUUAUGCCAUUUGUGAGAAAAAAAUGAAAACUUAGAAUUCUCUGCAGAAUUGUUUUUAUUUUAUUUUUUGUUGGUACCCCCAAUCAGAUUAAAUUUCUAAUAAAAAUAUGCUUCAUGAAAUUCAUGUAUUAGGGUAAAAUCAAAUUCUUUUGCUUCCGUAAAAAAAGAAAAAAAAAUUAUUGUAACCACAAUGUUUCUAAGAUUGAAAAUGAGAAAUAAUCAGCAUUUAAACUCUAACAGCUAUUACAGAA